CCCGCAGGCCCCGCCCCUCCCCGCAGCCCCAAACCUCUGCUGCUCUGCCGCGCGGGUCCCCCAUGUUUCUGCGACUCCGCUCGGCGGCUCUCGCUCCGCUUCUCCGCACCCUUCGGCCUGUUCCUGUUGCGGCCAUGAGCACCGGCACUUUCGUUGUGUCGCAGCCGCUCAAUUACCGCGGCGGGGCCCGCGUGGAGCCGGCGGACGCCUCGGGCACCGAGAAGGCGUUCGAGCCCGCAACCGGCCGAGUGAUAGCCACUUUCACUUGCUCCGGAGAGAAGGAAGUAAAUUUGGCUGUCGCAGAUGCAAAAGCUGCCUUUAAAAUCUGGAGGCAGAAAUCCGGCAUGGAGCGCUGUCGAAUUCUUUUGGAGGCUGCCAGGAUAAUAAGGGAACGGAAGGAUGAGAUCGCCACCGUGGAGACCAUCAACAAUGGCAAGUCCAUCUUCGAGGCCCGCUGGGACAUCGACACUUCGUGGCAGUGCCUGGAGUACUACGCCAGCUUGGCGGGCUCCAUGGCCGGCGAACAUAUCCAGCUCCCAGGCGGCUCCUUCGGUUAUACCAGAAGAGAACCGCUUGGCGUCUGUGUGGGAAUCGGUGCCUGGAACUACCCCUUCCAGAUCGCCUGCUGGAAGUCUGCGCCCGCCUUAGCCUGUGGUAACGCCAUGGUCUUCAAGCCGUCUCCCUUCACGCCGGUGUCCGUGCUGCUGCUGGCCGAGAUCUACGUGGAGGCCGGCGUGCCCCCGGGGCUCUUCAACGUGGUGCAGGGAGGGGCGGCCACGGGCCAGUUUCUGUGUCAGCACCCCGACGUGGCCAAGGUCUCCUUCACUGGGAGUGUGCCCACCGGCUCGAAGAUCAUGGAGACAGCAGCUAAGGGAAUCAAACCCGUUACCUUGGAACUGGGAGGCAAAUCGCCCCUGAUCAUCUUCUCGGAUUGUGACAUGGAGAACGCUGUGAAGGGGGCGCUGAUGGCCAACUUCCUCACGCAGGGCGAGGUUUGUUGUAAUGGCACAAGAGUAUUUGUGCAAAAGGAGAUUCUUGAUGAAUUUACAAGGGAAGUGGUGAAACGGACCGAGAAGAUCAAAAUCGGAGAUCCCCUUCUGGAAGAUACGAGGAUGGGUCCCCUCAUCAACCGCCCGCACCUGCAGCGAGUCCUCGGGUUUGUUAAGCUGGCAAAGGAGCAGGGUGCUAAAGUGCUAUGUGGUGGAGAUGUACACGUGCCCGAAGAUCCCAAACUGAAGGACGGAUAUUACAUGAGACCUUGUGUACUGAAGAAGGCGUUUUCAAGCGCCAAGCACGGUAAUCCGUCACUGAUGUCUGGCUCUGUUACGAUGUUUGCAGCUAACUGCAGAGACGACAUGACCUGCGUGAAAGAGGAGAUCUUUGGACCAGUUAUGUCCAUUUUACCAUUUGACACCGAAGCUGAGGUCCUAGAAAGAGCCAAUGAUACCACUUUUGGCUUAGCAGCUGGGGUCUUUACCAGGGACAUCCAGCGCGCACACAGAGUGGUGGCCGAGCUGCAGGCCGGAAUGUGCUUCAUCAACAACUACAACGUCAGCCCUGUGGAGCUGCCCUUUGGAGGAUACAAGAAGUCAGGGUUCGGCAGAGAGAACGGCCGGGUGACAGUCGAGUAUUAUUCGCAGCUGAAGACUGUGUGCGUGGAGAUGGGUGAUGUGGAGUCUGCCUUUUGAAAAUGGGCGGCGUGGCCGGGGCGGAGCGGGGACCGGAUCUCCAUGGAACAGGCUUCUCCCAAACUGUGUCUUUUGGGAGAAGAGAUUGGCUCAGUGUUCUUCAUGUCUCAGUCCCCUUCCUAACUGAAAAUGUGCCCAAGUGCCUUUUAGAUACUAAUCAAGGAAGCUGCGGUUGUGCUCAAAGCACUUGUCUGUGAAAUCUUUCACCUCCUUCUGGAGUACAGAGAGAGGGACCAGGAUUAUCAUCCUCCCACAGAUCUGAGCCACUGAUGAUGCUCGGGCUCUGGUUUGCCUUAAAGAGCUAUUUCCCAAUUAGGCUCCUGGUGGAGUAAGUGGACACGAUUUCCUGCUCAUUGACAUGUUUACGCUCUGGGCCCUUGUCAUUUCAUUGAGAAAGCCCACGGUCAGGACCGUGAUGACAGACAGGGUCACGAUCUGACGAUGCUUACCUGCCGAGGGAAGCACUUUCCACUUAGUGCUGGUAGAAGAGGUCAGUCCCCGGCCCUCGCAGGACAGAUAGCCUGCUCUUUUUUUUAUAUAUACACACUAGCUGUAUGCUACUGUAGCACACGAAAAAGAAAUAAAUUACACGGUUAAUCCCUUCA